GCAGCUCCAUCGCUCAGUAUAUAAAGGAGGACAACGACGGUGAGAGGACGGCUGGGACGGUGCAGCCCUGGAACUGUGAAUAAGACCGUAAACGUCUGUGUUUUAUUUGUAAAAGUUAUGCCGGCUACUUUUAAAAUAUUCACUUCAAUGUUUUAGAGUAUUUUUUUUGCUUUUGCUCUUUGUCCUCGCUUGUUUUUCGUGUGAUUUUACACAACGCUAAUAAUGGCGAGCUCGGCUAACUCGAACCCAGUGCCUAAACUUUACAGGUCUGUGAUUGAUGAUGUCAUCAACGAAGUACGGGAACUUUUUCUGGACGAGGGUGUGGAUGAACAAGUGCUUAUGGAGCUCAGAACGCUUUGGGAGAAUAAGCUGAUGCAGUCAAAGGCAGUGGAGGGCUUCCAUACAGAGGAGCAGCAAGCCCUGCAGGCACAGCAGCAGCAAGCCCAGCAGGUUCAACAGAGCCAGCAGCAGGCCCAGCACCCAGUCAUUCUGCCCCCCCAGCAGCAAGCUCCACAGCAGCAAGUCAUCGUUCAGGACCAAAAGAUCAUCCAGGCCGUGAAUGCAACAGGAAUGAGAUUUCAGCCCCGAGGUCCCCAGUCUAUGUGUGACUCUCCAUUCGUAUUUGUUCAUCAACCCGCCACUGAAAGAAGUGCAGCGGCCACCGCAGCCACACUAGCUUUGCCCACAGGUGUAGGACCCUACCAGCAGCUUAUCACCAGUCAAGGUCAAAUCCUGCAGGUGGUGAGGGCGGCGAACGGAGCCCAGUACAUCAUCCAGCCUCAACAGCAGAUGGUGCUGCAGCAGCAGGUCCUGCCCCAGAUGCAGCAAGGAGGCGUGCAGGCCCCCGUCAUCCAACAGGUCCUUGCCCCACUACAAGGGGGCAUCCCCCAGCAAACAGGUGUCAUCAUCCAGCCCCAACAGAUAGUCCUCGCCGGGAACAAAGUACAGCAGAACGCACAGGUCAUGCAGACGGCAACCAUGCAGACGGCAACCAUGCAGACGGCAACCAUGCAGACGGCAACCAUGCAGACGGCAACCAUGCAGACGCAGCCGGGCCAGGUGGCUGCACAGUUGCAGGUGCAGGCUCAGCCGCAACCCCAGCAGCCUCAACAGCAACAGGCUGCACAACAGCAGCCUGUCCAGCAGCAGCCUCCCAUGAUGCUGCAGGUGGACGGAGCCGGGGACACCUCCUCCGAGGAGGACGAGGAAGAGGAGGAUGAGUAUGAUGAGGACGAAGAUGAGGACAAGGACAAAGACGGCGGAGAAGACGGACAGGUGGAGGAGGAACCUCUUAACAGUGGCGAUGAUGUCAGCGAUGAGGAAGACCAAGAGCUUUUCGAUACAGAGAAUGUAGUUGUUUGCCAAUAUGACAAGAUUCACAGAAGUAAGAACAAAUGGAAGUUCACCCUGAAAGACGGCAUCAUGAACCUGAACGGGAGGGACUACGUCUUCUCCAAAGCCAUAGGGGAUGCGGAGUGGUAAGCAAAAUGCAGCAAUCCGAAUGAUGAGAAGACAAAAACAGAAAAAGGCGGAAUCGGAACACAAACAGCGGGGCAGCCAUCCAGAACUGUCUAGUCCCAAUGUUAAGACGCAUCAAGACCUGGGACUGUAUGCAUUUCAGUUGGUGUGUGUGGUGGGCAGGCCUGUGGGAAUACGAUGACCCCCCUUUACAAAAGAAAGAAAAAAAACGUUUGCAAUUCUCGCUAAUAGCAUCAACAUAUAUAUAUAUAUAUAUAUAUAUACACACACACACACACACACACACACACACACACACACACACACACACACACACACGCAACCAAUCCUCGAAUGCCAGUGACUGGCAGUUGAUUGCUAACAGAUCACACAAAGAGGAAAAGGUUCACAAAUCGCAAUUGUUUUCUCACUCGGAUCACCACCUCGUCAAAAUCGCGUUUUAAGAACAGAAAAAAAAAGCAUCUAUGGAUAGUGGACCAUGUUGAACUCACCCAUCCAGACCAUUAACAGGUUCGACCAAAAUAAAUAUUAAAUCAUUUUUUUUAAAAAGAAGAAAAAAAAAGAAGGCAGGAUGAGGAGAGUGACUUGAAGUAGAGUGACUUCAAGAGUGCCUGUGAAACAAGCACUAAAGUGAAGAUUAAGAUUAAGCCUUUUGAUUGCACAUUUCCUUUUAUCGGCUUCACAUCAGCACAUUCUGGUACUGCACCCCGUACUCUCGUUCUAUUCCUGCCACACAGUAAUGUGCCUAGUCUGUCCUGGUCCCCAGCCUACAAACCUUCAUGCCCUGCCAUUGUUUUAAAGGAUAGUUAAUAAAGGAAAUGACUUAACCCAGCGAACAAACACUACACGAAGGUGCCGAAGAAGAGCGAACUGUUAAUAUGUGAUUUUAGUAUAAAUGUUUGAGCAGUUAUAUAGCAGCGUAUCGGAUGAAUUAAGAAGACAAAGUUCUUGAUUUCCACAAUCGCCACCCCCACCCCCCUAAUUUUUUAAACAAGGAAUUAAAUAAACCAAUGAGAAACUUAGCUGUGUGUAAUUGGAGCUAGUGUCAAUUUUCAACCUGUCUGUGUUACCUGUCAACUUUUUAUUUCUCUCCCCUCUCCUGGAUUAAGUUCCUUGGUGUAGGCUGAAGUUUUUUUGCACUCUCGGUGGGUUUGCUGUGGCGCGUGCGUUUGCCCAACUGCAUGCUUUACCCAGAUGGCUUUGUGCGCUUGUGUGUCUUUUGUGCGUGUCAAGUCACUCAUCAUUCGUUAGCCUAAAACAACGAUGUCUGUACAAUGUUUUUGACACCUCACUUCCUCCAAUGUUACAAGAUGGUAGAGGCUGUUUUUUCCUUUUUUUUUUUUUUUUGUGGUAUUUAUUCCUGAAAGCUCAGGCACCAUCGUAAUUAUUUGGGGCGGGGAUGGGGUUACACACUGUACCAAACUGUGCUCUUACAAAAAAGGAAAGAAAAAAAGUGUUCCUUUUUCCUCUGUUGGCUGGACAAGACUUCAUCAUGUGCUCUACUGUCGAUUUCAGCCUAGUCUUGGGCGUUACUUUUAAUCAUGUUUUUCUUUUCUUUUACCUUUUUGAGUGGUUUAAUUUCAUUACCCGUCUACUCAAGUCACUGCCCUAAUUCGGGUGAGGGGUUACACUCUUGCUUAACUGUGAGGUCAAGGGAAAUCUACACCUGACAGGGACCACCCCACCCCCAGCCCCUACAUCACCAAGGUGAGGAGUUGGAUGGAACUGCAGGUCACUUCUCUGUGACUAAAUUCUUUGAAAGAUUUUAGAAUAGGUGUGCAAAUAAAUAUAUAUAAUUUUCUUUUUCCUCCAUAGUCCAGUACUUUCUCACUGUCCAUUUCUUAUUUGUGCCUUUUUGAUUUGUUUAAUAUCAGCUUACCGGCAAAUAAGUAAAGGAUGGUAUUUAAUGAUGCAGGUGUUUUAAAGAAACUGUUUUCUCUGCUUUGUUUUUAUAAUUGUUAAUGUACCACGCGUUUCAACUGCUGUCUGAAGAACUGUUCUGAGAGGGAAAUGUAUUACGUUUGUAUUAUUCACAAUACUGUUUUUGAAUCAAGAUUGCUCUUUGUAAAUGACUUGACCAUCUCUUGGAAGGCUGUGCUUUGAAUACCAAUAAUUAGAGAAGUUAGUAUUUUGUUGAACUGAAACCCAUUGAGUUUUUGCCUUUGCUAAACUUUUAAUUAAAGUAAUAUGGGAAAAAUAAAA